AUGACUUCUCAAGACACAUUCCACUGGCGAUACGAUGAACUUGACGACAAGAACUUCCAGAUCCGAGGCCGUACACUCUUCUUCAUCAUCGUACUAUUUUCUGUCGUCAUAUCAAUAACCUUAAUCUUCCUCUACAUCCGUUGGAUCUGCCGCUUUUCUUCUUCUCCUUCUGCUACCGUCACCAAUACGACAACGUUUUCACGAACACAAGGGCUGGAUUCCGCUGUGAUUGAUGGUCUACCAAUUGUUCUACAUCACCGGAAUUCUACGACGUCGUUGGGGGUGGAUGAGUGUUGUAUAUGUCUUGGAGUGUUUGAAGAAGGGGAGAAAGUGAAGGUGUUGCCCAAGUGUUUUCAUGAGUAUCAUUGUGAGUGUGUCGAUAAAUGGCUUACUACUCAUUCUAGUUGUCCUAUUUGCAGAGCUCCUAUCCUGGUUGACUCACCGGUUUGA